AUGUAUAAAUUACAAAGCCAACAAGUGGUCAUUGUUGAAAUUGAGGCGAAUGUGAAGAUGGGACCUGAAGAACAGUCCAAUGUGCUUGGAAACUGGUUUCACCCAGCGAAGUCCACGUCGGACAACGGCGACCGUCUGGUCAACUUAUGUGAACAGACGGGCCUCAUCAUAGCUUCCAUGUUCAAGAGGAAUCAUCGAUACCACCAGCUUACGUGGCAGGAAUCAACCCUUUUAACGCCUGAAGAGCAGCGCAAGCGGAAGAUUAGGGCUCUCUAA